GAACAUCCAAGGAAACAAGAGUUUAAAAUAAAAUAGUUAUUUGUACAUUCAGAUGCAUAGUUCUAUGUGUUAUAGUGUGAAAACUACACUAACUUAAUUUAAUAUAAUAAAAACGUAUAAUUAAUUAUAGCAUCCGUUGCAGUUGGUGGCAGUGGAAUGGCCGGAAACGGAUAUUUAUGGUGAUCUAGGGUCGGUUUUAGUUAUUUUUACACUUGUGCUGAUUCCGGUGGCAUCAGUGAUAUAAUUCGAUUAACCUAGUAAGUUUUCCACUAGUCACCCGAUUUAGCGUACGUGCUCUAUGCCGUCGACGAUCUAAACAAAUUCGCGAUAGUAUUGAAUGAAAAUGUGGUUCGAAGAGGCCGAGGAGCUGUUCAAAGGCUAUUUACCAUACUACCUUUUAGUAUUUCUGCCCAUUUUCAUAAUUGUAUCACCUGCAAACCCAGUGGCCGCAUCACAUGAGUUCCCUGUGUGCCGAAUGCAACACUACGACCUACAUGGAGUCGCUCACGGAUGUAGAAGUGCAAUGAUUAACUUGGAAAUCCGAUCCAUAAAUAGCUGGUCCACGUCGCGACAUUGCGUUGCUGUGAGAUUGCAAGAGCUCACCGUUGAUCACUUCCGAAAUAUCCGCAGUAAAGCCGGUGCUUUGCUGGUUAUCCUCCCGGAUGACAUGGCUUUACUGUCUGGUGAAGAACAGCAACACUUGCUACUGCUAGAGAAUGCAAUGCUUGCACAGGAAAUAACAAUUCCAGUGUAUUUUGCCACAUCAACUCCUGAACUGGAUGGUAUUGUUAAUGAAGUGGCUGUGAGUUCAGUGGCUGAUGAUAGGAGCAAGUCAGCCUCAGAGGUGAUGCUUUCAUCAGUAGCUGCUACUGGGUAUCAAAUUGUAAUCAAUCCAAAGACUCCAAGUGUAAGGAGUGAUGUAAAGAUUGCGACUGUCCAGGGUAACCUGGUUGGAUAUGGUGUAGAUGGAAAAGUACCCACUAUUGCUGUUGUUGCUUAUUAUGACAGUUUUGGAAUGGCACCAGAUCUUGCCUAUGGAGCUGACUCCAAUGCUUCUGGAGUUGCCAUUUUGUUGGAACUGAUGCGGCUAUUUGCAUUGUUGUACAAUGAUUCGAAAACACAUGGAAUGUAUAAUAUUGUGUUUCUGUUGUCUGGCGGUGGUAAACUUAACUUCCAAGGGAGCAAGAAGUGGCUUGAGGAUCAAUUGGACUCCUUGGAUGGAUCUAUUAUACAAGCAACUUCCUACGUGAUGUGUCUGGACGCGAUGGCAUCCAGUGAUUCGUUGUACAUGCACGUAUCAAAACCCCCCAAAGAAGGCUCCUCGGCGUCCACACUCUUCAAAAAUCUAAAAGCUUCGGCCGAACAUUCUAAAUACGAUAAGCCAAUUGAAGGUGUCCACAAGAAAAUCAAUCUGGCUGAUGAUCUCCUCGCUUGGGAGCAUGAAAGAUACAGUAUUCGUCGCCUUCCGGCAUUCACGUUAUCCACACUCAAAUCCCACAAAGAUAUGAAACGCGGUACGAUAUUGGACACACGUCGCAACUUCAAUAUGGAUCAACUUGUUCAGAAUGCGCAGAUUCUUGCUGAUGCGCUGUCUAGAAGCAUUUAUAAUGUUACUGGAUCAGUCUUUGGUGAAUCACUGAAGGUUGAAAGGACUUCAUUGGAAGCAUGGAUGAAUCAUUUAAGUUCACAGCCACGUUCCGCGCAAUUACUGAGCAAUAAGGAUAAUUCCUUGGUGGCUUUGUUCAAAGACACAUUUUCGAAAUACCUGCGUGAUGUGAAGAUUACCUACGCGGUGCCAGAUAAACGUGAUCCCGACUUUGUAUUUUAUGAUGUAACCAAGGGCACGAUGAACAUCUACAGUGUAAAACCAGCAUUCUUCGAUCUCAUCCUCACCAUCGGCAUCGUCGGCUACCUGGUGGCAAUAUACUUCGCCAUUCAGCACUUCCCCGUCGUCUAUACGAUGGCAUGCAGCGCCACCAAAAAACAAAAGGUUAAUUAGUCCCUAGCGUAAAUGCUCUAGUUGCCAAAAUGUACAGAAACGUGUACGUAGCUGUAGUUGAAUAAGUUUGUACCUUCAACUACUGAUUGCAAGUGUUUGAUUCUUGUUUUUUUUUAUUUCGCCUACAAAUUUACUAUAAAAAUAUAUCUAACAAUAUUUAUACUGUAAAAACACUAACACUUUAAAAAUGAAUUAAAAGCAGUCAGUUGAAGAAUAAAAAUAACUUGUUAAAGCGUUAA